AUGGCCGAACUCACCAGCACAAAGCUCAACGCAGAGCAACACCUCUUGCUCGACCAACCCCUCCUGCGCAUGCCCUACGAAAUCUCGCGGAAAAACUUCAAAGCCGCCCAGCGCUACGUCGAACGCGAGCAAACCCACGUCCUCAAGGAGCUCAAGACGACCACCACCGCAGCAGCAUCCUCGGCCACCGACGCCACCGCCACCCUCGCCAACAUCGACACCAUGCUCAACCGCAUGAAUGGGCUCAAGCGCAAGCUCGAGGCCCUGCACUCCGAGGAGACGACCAUCCACAAGGCCACGCGGGCCCGCAUCCAGCACCUCGACAACCUGUACGCCAUCGGCAGCCUGGCUGACGUCAAGUACGAGGAGUGGAGCAAGGUGCGCCUGGACAGGCUGCUGGUGGACUACUUGCUGCGGAGCGGCUACGGGGACAGCGCCAAGGUGUUGGCGAGAGAGAAGGGCAUCGAGGAGCUGGUCGACGUCGAGGCCUUCGUGCAGUGCGAUCGCGUCGCCGAGAGCCUGAGGAACGGACGCUGCCAGGAGGCACUGGGGUGGUGCGGCGACAACAAGCAGGGCCUGAAGAAGCUCGAGAGUAACCUCGAGUACGAGCUCCGGCUGCAACAAUAUGUCGAAAUGGUGCGUAGUGGCGACACGAAGAAGCUUAUGGAUGCCACGUUGCAUGCACGAAAACAUCUUGCGGCGCACCAGGACAAAUCGUUUGCCAUACGGGCAGCCGGUUUACUGGCCUUUCCUCCCGAGACACCCCAUGAGCCAUACAGGUCGCUCUACUCCCCCGAGCGCUGGCAGCACCUCUCCGAGCUCUUCAUCAAGACGCACAACACGCUGUACUCGCUGCCGCCGCGGCCGCUCCUGCACAUCGCCCUGUCGGCCGGCCUCUCGGCCCUCAAGACGCCCUCCUGCCACUCGGCAUACGCGUCGUCGUCAUCCAACGCCACCAACACGACCACGUCCGUCUGCCCCAUCUGCAGCACCGAGCUCAACGAGCUGGCCCGCAACGUGCCCUACGCGCACCACACCAAGAGCCAUGUCGAGAACGACCCCGUCGUCCUGCCCACGGGCCGCAUCUACGGCCGCGAGCGCCUCUUGGAGAUGAACGAGAAGAUGGGCACCCAGCAGGGCUACGUCAAGGACCCCAUGGUGCCCAACCAGAUCUACGAGGAGGCGCAGAUCAAGAAGGUGUUUAUUUCGUAA